AUGGAAAGAAUGUUAAAGUCCGAUGAAAAACCAACCUUGACUAGUAGCGAUCCCAACGUCAUGAUUAAUCUUGGAACCAAGGAAGAACCCAUGCAGAUGAAAAUUGGGGCACUACUAAAGGGAGAAGAAAAGAACCAGUUAAACUUGAUCGAGGAGAAAAGGAUGGUCGCCAUGGCCCAUGGACAAUUCUCCUCGCGUAACACAGAAAGGCCAAAGGUCCUCACAAGGUUCCCAUCUUCAACUCCGGCCACCAGCAACUGCCCCCCCUACUGCCAUCGCCAUCUUCCACACGCAUUCCCGGAGCAGGAGAGUGCCGCAAGGACGGAACCAAAACAGACCGUCAUCGCUGCAAUCCGAGGACCAUCCCUGCAGCAGGCUACCUCACGGCCAACACCACAACAGCCCCAGCCCAGCUUCCAUCCGACCAUCAACUCCACGCCCGAACCUCCACAGCCACCGCAGCCCCUCUACUCUGCAACUCCCGCAGUCGUCCAGCCUCCAGCAGCAACCUCCGGACAGCCACGAGCCACACCAGACCCCUCUGCAACUCCUCUGCCCCGUGCGUCAUUCCCUCAGCAAGUUACACCACCAGAAGUCCUCUGUUCCAGCCUCCAGCAAAGCCACGCGCCAUCUCCUCUCCUCUGCGAAGAACCACCACCAUCAACGCCUGGCAGCUCCCAAAUUCCAGUGCCCCUCGCUGCCAGCCCCUCUGUUGGUAAGUUCUCUGCUCAGCCGCCGACACCGUCGCCGCCCAUUAACUCCGGUGGUACCCCCCCAUGCUCCUCACGUAACACAGAAAGGCCAGAGGUCCUCACAGGCUUCCCAUCUUCAACUCCGGCCACCAGCAACUGCCCCCCCCUACUGCCAUCGCCAUCUUCCACAUGCAUUCCCGGAGCAGGAGAGUGCCGCAGGGACGGAACCAAAACAGACCGUCAUCGCUGCAAUCCGAGGACCAUCCCUGCAGCAGGCUACCUCACGGCCAACACCACAAUAGCCCCAGCCCAGCUUCCAUCCGACCAUCAACUCCACGCCCGAACCUCCACAGCCAUCGCAGCCCCUCUACUCUGCAACUCCCGCAGCCGUCCAGCCUCCAGCAGCAACCUCCGGACAGCCACGAGCCACACCAGACCCCUCUGCAACUCCUCUGCCCCGUGCGUCAUUCCCUCAGCAAGUUACACCACCGGAAGUCCUCUGUUCCAGCCUCCAGCAAAGCCACGCGCCAUCUCCUCUCCUCUGCGAAGAACCACCACCAUCAACGCCUGGCAGCUCCCAAAUUCCAGUGCCCCUCGCUGCCAGCCCCUCUGUUGGUAUGUGUAA